UCUCGGUAUGGCGGACGGCGAGCGGUCCCCGUUACUAUCCGACCUGGGAGAUGGAGCUCUCGGCAGCGGUAACGGCGGAGUGUCUCCCGGCGCGGCGCCCUACGGUGUGCCCACCAAACCCCUGAGCUUUCCCCCGUUCCCCAGCCCAACUCAGCCCUCGUUGCUCCUCGGGGAGGAUCCUCCACCCUACUCCCCGCUCACCUCCCCGGAGAGCGGCAGUGCCCCUGUUAUCAACUGCAGGGUGUGUCAGAGCCUGAUCUCCGUGGAGGGCAAGAUCCACCAACACGUGGUGAAGUGUGGGGUCUGCAAUGAAGCCACGCCCAUUAAGAACGCCCCAGCAGGGAAGAAGUACGUUCGCUGCCCUUGCAACUGUCUGCUCAUCUGCAAAGUCACUUCCCAGAGGAUCGCCUGUCCCCGACCAUACUGUAAGAGGAUAAUAAAUCUGGGUCCAGUUCAUCCUGGUCCUGCCAGUCCUGAUCCCCAGCCAGCCGGGGCCCGCGUCUCCUGUGGACACUGCAGCAACACCUUCCUGUGGACAGAGUUCACAGACCGGACGCUGGCCAGAUGCCCACACUGCAGGAAAGUCUCCUCCAUUGGUCAGAGGUACCCCCGGAGGCGGAGCUUGUGGUGUUUUCUACUCUGCUUGCUUUUUAGCAUUUCCACCGCCGGGCUGAUGGCCGGGACGUGGGUGAAGGCUCAGACCUUCCAGGGGAUCUACGCCUCGUGGGCCGUGCUGCUGCUCCUGGUUCUCAUCACCUUAGCCCGGGCCUUUUACUGGGCCUGCAUGAGGGUCAGUCAGCCCCUCCAGAACUUCACAUAG